GAGUUGUUGGUUUAUCAGUUGUACAGGCGACACUGCAGAGUACCAUUUGAGAGCAUGCUCCUCCAAACAGGAAGGUCUCGUUUGCGGACGCGGCGGGGCUGGACGUGAAGUUUUUUCGGAAGUUUGACCAGCCUGAGUCCUGUGGAAUUUCGGUGUCCGCGAAACGGACAGCGUGCAGACCUAACAGAGCGCAGAAUUACGCGGUGCUUCCCAGAAUUAGACCAUCAAAAGCGCAUUUUAAAGCCGACGGUACAGAACAGAUUUGAAGCUGAAUAUCGGGAACCAGAAGACAUGGACAACGAAAUAAGCAGGAGCUCCAAUGGUGUGGAGGUGAGCACGGACGCAGUCAAACCAGCACCAGAAAUUCAAACAGAGGUUAAAGAUGUGUCAAGUCCUUCACCCAAAACCAAGGAAAUCAACACAGACCCACAUUCAAUUUUAACAGAGGCCAUCCUGUUACCAGUACCCCCAAAUGAGCCCCCCGCCUCCCCAGGAUCUCCCCCAGAGACUAGCCCCAAGACCAGCCACGAGGUAUCAACAGCGAUCCCUCAAACCCAGUCCCUGAAAGACACAGCAAAACUACAGAACCUCACCUUCAAACCCAGCCAUACAAGUACCUUUGUAGAAGUGCCCAAACAUGCCAACCCAGGUAGUGACUGGAAUCUUGAACACCUUAGUGCGGGUAUCGCCUCUAUUUUAGGCACCCCAAACCUUCCAAUUGCUCCAAUCGUCCAAGAAACAGAAGAAAUUCAACCGGACAGGCAAACUAAAGCCUUCAUUCCAGACCCAAAAGUCUCAAACGCCAUGUCUACAAACUUCGCAAAACUGUGCUCGGAGAUUUUAGGGACAGGAACGAUUGAAAACGCGGAACAAGAAGGGAACGUGGAAGAUGGAGGAACGUUUCUAGAUUCACACACGGGAAGCGAGGAGAUUCUUCCACCCCAGCAAGCCGAGGAAGACCUUGAGAAGCCUCUGAUACAGGCAGGUGAGGAUGUCAGCGAAGGGGGGAUGGGAGAUGGAGAUGCUUUCACCGAAGCGACUGAAGACACCCUACAGCUAUCCCAAGAAGAGUUGGGAACACUGCUUGACAAUGAUAUAGAGAAGGUGCUGGAUCUAAUCGAAGCAGGGCUUGAAUUAUCGAUAGAAGAUGUCUUAUCCAGUUCCGUAGAGAAGGACAAACCCAGAGAGAGUAUUGGACAAAGAGUGUUCGAAGCAGGGAAACCAGAAACCGAAAAUCCUUUAAACACCGGCAGUGAAGAUCUGUCCAGGAGGACGGUCUGUUGGCACUCUUGGCCCCCUACUGGAGUAACCAGAGCAGGCCCUGCAGAAGAAGAGUCCUCGCUUACAAGUCUGGUAGAACCCGAAAAUGUGGUAACUCCAACCGCACCUGAAACAUCUGGACAGGAAAGUGACGAUGUCGAAGAUCUCAGCGAUGUAGAAUGCAUGAAGGACGACCAGUUGGAUUUAGUUAAAGAUGUCCAGGAGAUGACAACAGCCAGGCGACCCCUGCUUUUCACAGGCAUUGACCUUUCUGUGGUCCCUGAGACAAGAGGUUCACCAGAAGGUGCUUUGAGCAAUUUGGAGACUCUGAGGGCCAGCCAAACACUUCCUGCUCAAUCCCAAAGCGAGAGCUGGAACCUGGAGUCUCCAGAGUGUAGGGAAGACACCCAGGAGUUUGUAAUUGCCAGGAAGCGUGGUUCUGGUGACCGGGAGGUAGUUCCUAAACAGAAGACUCCGCCACCAUCACCACCACCACCACCACUACCACUACCACCAUUCAGGGAGGUGGAUGAGAGACUCAGCCUCAACUGCUCCUUCGCCUGUUGGUCUUUGGCGAUCCUCAUGUCUGUGGGCUUCUAUCAUCCCACUGUCUUCCUCAUAGUGGGGCUUUACCUCUUGAGCCUCUGCUUCUGAAGGAAGACACCUUCACAUGUGUUUGCUAUUGCUGCAGUUUCCAUACAGAAGCUACAGGUGUGAUAAUACAAACUUCACAACCCCGUCAA